UUCCAAAGCCAAACAGAACAGGCUGGAGAGGCUCGGCCCCAUGCGAAUAUAAUGUGACAGGACACGAUGGACUUCCAGAAUCGCAACAAUACGGCCAACAAGUUUGUCUGCCCGAGCGACAGGCAACUGGCCCUGCGUGCCAAAUUAAAAGCCGGCUGGAGCAGCUCGAAGACCAGCGAACCGCUGCGUCCGGAGGAGCAGGAGGCCAUCAUCUCGGUGAUCCGGCGCAACGAGGAGAUCGAGGUGGCCGAGCGGCAGCGGGUGGGUCGUCUGGUGGAGCGGGUCGAGAAGAUCAAGCAGCAUGCGGUGGAGCGGGGGCCCAACUGCUGCCGCCUCUGCGGCGACGCCUUCGGCAUCCUGCGGCCGCAGCGCAUCCUGUGCGAGGACUGCCGCCAGUCGGUGUGCGCCAAGUGCAGCGUGGACAUCAACAUCCGCUACCACACCAGCGAGCGGUCCCGGGAGAUCUGGCUGUGCCGCAUCUGCUCCGAGACGCGCGAGAUGUGGAAGAAGUCGGGCGCCUGGUUCUUCAAGGGCCUGCCCAAGUACGAUAUGCCGCGCAGCGCCAGUGCCACGCCCAUUCCCACCCCGGGACACCCCGGAUCCAUGGCAGGAGACACGCGGGCCGUUCAAAGCUGCCAUGCGACGCCGACGCGUCCGGCGCGGGUAAAGAAGCUAACGAUCCGGGUGAACGACAGCAGCUCCAGCAGCAGCGGCCACUCGGAGCCGGAGGACGAGGUGGACGCCGGGGCACUGGGCAUUGGUGGCAUAACCAAGGGCGUCUCCGCGAACCGACUGCAGCGGGAGGAUAGCUUCCGGCUGAGGGCCUACGGCUCCAUACGCAGCUUCAUCGAUGGCGGCGAGCGCAAGUUGUCCAACUCCUUCUUCUUUGGCCGCCAGCAGAGCCAACGGCCCUCGGAGUGCCCGGAAUACGACAGCGUCAGCAUGUCCAAGUUGCGCCGGGAGAGCAGCUUCCUGCGUCGCGGCUCCGUCAGCUCCUCCUGGUCGAUCAGCGAUAGUUCCGGUUCCGGAUCCAACAACUCGGGCAACUCCCAAUCGCAAUCGCAAUUCCAGCAGCAGCAGCAGCAACAUCAGCAGCAGCAGCUGCACUGCCGGGAUCCGCUGCUCGGCUGGCUGGAGAUCGCCAUCAGCUACCGGGAGGCCUUCCACAGCCUCGACUGCACCAUGGUGCGGGCCCGGGAUCUGCCGGCCAUGGACGCCGCCGGACUGGCGGACCCCUACUGCAAGCUGAACAUCAUCACGCCGGAGGCGCACACCAAGUACACGCGGUGGCAGCGCACCAAGACGGUGCACAAGACCCGCAAUCCGGAGUUCAACGAGACGCUGCAGUUCGUCGGCGUGGAGCCCGAGGAGCUGGGCAACUCGCUGCUCUACGUGGCCCUCUUCGACGACGACAAGUACGGGCACGACUUCCUCGGCGCGGCCAAGGUCUGCCUUUCCACGGUGCACAGCACAUCGCAGUACCGCAUUUCGGUGCCCCUGGGCGUGGAGGACCAGUACAGCAACGCGGCGGAGUUGGCCCAGAAUUGGCCAAACGGCAAGAUGCUGCUCUCCUUGUGCUACAAUACGAAACGGAGGGCGCUGGUGGUGAACGUGAAGCAGUGCAUCAAUCUGAUGGCCAUGGACAACAACGGCAGCUCCGAUCCCUUCGUCAAGAUCCAACUCAAGCCGGAUGCGCACAAGAACAAGAAGCACAAGACCAGCGUCAAGUGGCGCACGCUCAAUCCCAUCUACAACGAGGAGUUCUACUUCGAGGCGAGUCCCCACGACCUCAACAAGGAGAUGCUCAUCCUGACCGUCUGGGACAAGGAUCUCGGCAAGAGCAACGACUUCCUCGGCAGCCUGCAGCUGGGCGCCCAGAGCAAGGGCGACCGCCUGCAGCAGUGGCUCGACUGCAUCCGAUUGCCCGACCACUUCCACGAGAAAUGGCAUUGCCUCGCCCCCGACAAUCCCGCCCACUGAGAGACCCAUCCAAUCCCCACUCGCCCCAAAGUCCCCAGUCCAAUCGGUUCGAUCUUAUCUGGACCGUCAUGGAUCUUUUCCUAUAAGACAC